AAGAGAAGAUUUUGGCAUUUGGGAUCCAAGAAGCAAUGGAGCACGGUGUGUAUGGGUCAGCUGACAAUGCACCGCUUCUCCCUAAAUCGCAAACGGGAGACCAGCAAUCAGGAAGUGAGAGGAGAGGACAGUCCAGCUCCCUGAUGAAGAUCUUCUUUGUGUGUCUGCUCGCCUCGGUCAUUACAACAGCCGUGGCAGUGCUUGUGGUUGUCUUCGCCUCACCCAACAGAUCUCAAACUGUUGAUAGCAAGGUGCUCACUAGCACCCUUCCCCCCGUGGACGUGAAAUACAAGUACCUUAAUCACAUGGAUAAAUCCAAGCUUUUUAAAUUGGAAGGUGGAAAUGUCCAGUGGGCAAGAUACCGAAGUAAUCCUGACCACUAUGACUCCAGAGAGGAGCAGGAAUUUGGGGACAGUAUAAACUCCCAAAAAGCUCAAGUGACAGGAUCUACUUUACUAAUGAAACCAAAUGGGUGUAGAGUUCCUCACUGGCACUUCAACGCCAAUGAACACGGAUACCUUGUUAAGGGCAGUGCAUGGAUUGGUAUACUGGAUUCAGCACCCUUUGUUGUGACCUCUUACAAUGUCACAGCUGGCCAGGUAAUAUUCCUGCCCCGAAGCACCCUUCACUGGCUGAAGUGCGUCGGAAAUGAAGACUGCCUCUUUGUGCUCUUCUUUACCACACACGAGGAGCUUAUAACAAUGGAAGUCGACAAUGUCUUUUACUCCACACCGCAAGAUAUUGCUGCAAGGUCACUGAAACCAAAGGGGGGUAUUGAUUUUAUCAAGUCGUUCAAGAAGCCCAGUGAAGAACAGGGCGUUAAUCUUCCGCCCAACCUGGCAGAGCUUGUAAGGAAAGCCAGCUAUGUGCAGUCUGUUGACAGCAAUGUAUGGAGGUACUUUUACGAUCUGAAAGCCUCCAAGCAAUACAAGUAUCCAGGAGGAGUCAUGCAGUGGGCUCGGUAUAGCAAAAAUUCACAAAGCCUCUCUGUGAAUGAACAAAUAUUUAGCCAGUCUCUGCAUGAUCAUGAGGACACUCUCACCAUUGCUACAAUGCAGAUAGUCAGCAACGGGAUGCGCCAGCCACACUAUCAUUUCAAUGCCAAUGAAAUGGGAUAUGUAGUUCGCGGAUGUGGAAAGAUUGGCGUGAUAAGCAAGUCGAAAAUAGUGACUAACUUUGACAUCAACAUUGGAGAUGUUUUCUUCUUUCCUCAUGGAGCCCAGCAUUAUAUUAAAAGCACAUGUGACGAGGACCUCUUUCUUGUAAUUGCCUACAGUACUGGCAACGAGCUGCAAACCCUGGAUAUGGAUAUUUAUUUUCAAUCCACAGCAGACUUUAUAUUAGCCCAGCUUUUCCGGAAGCACCAAGACGAAUUUCAGAAAAUUCCAACCUUCAAGGUCCCUCAAGAUAUUAACUUGCCAUAAAAGAAUAUACAGGACUAUUGAAUAGUAUGUGCAUUAAAGAUGUGUUUUGUAGUAUUUGAUCUUAAGCAAAGCAGACAGUAUAGCUGGAAAAUUAAGCUUCAUAAUGCGCCUUCCUUGCUUUUUGGGGUUCUGUUGUCUUCGCCUUAUAACAUGUGACAGAUACUGAUGUACUCGGUGGUCACUUUAGCACUGUACAGCAGUAAAUGUAUUGACUGUAUAAAAAUCAAAAUUUCAUGGGAAGCCAUCCAGAAGAGCUCCUCUACAGCAGUUCUAAGACCUUGUUCUAAUUUAAUUACGUAACUGAAUAUCUACGGUAGGUUCAAGAACAUUGUUGCAUCAUGGUCCUAGACUGGACAGGAAUAAAAGUACCAUGUUAUGUGUUGGCUACACACCACAUAUAGGAAUUUCUCUCUCAUGUACUGUAGCAGAUUAGCAAUACAAUUGCUGCUGUAGGUAAAACCUAGUUGUAUGUGGCCCUACACCUUAUAUCACCAAAUUUUAAAAUGCUAAAAUACUUAAACUUUAAAGAACUCUCUUCUAACUUCCAUUAGCUUGGCUGCCUUAGUAUAUGGUAUAUUGAACACAACUUAUAUGAUGUGUAUUGUAUUUUUAAAAGUAAAAAAAAAUGCUUGUUUCUUUUUUUAUAUAAAUAUGUUCACACUUUGGACUUAAGAAAUGCUGUCAUUAAGAAGUACUUUGGAAUAAUAUCAGUGACUUGAGAAAUUGAGAAAUAAGACUGUGCUUAACAAUAGCUUGUAGUGACCAUACACUUCAGAAAGAUAAUGCAUUACAAUUUGCAAUAAAAUUUUAUGAUGACUCAUAAAA